AUGUCAGACUUUUCAUCAAAAGUGGUUGAGAUCAUCGUUGACAAGCUCGGCGUUGAUGCUGCUGAAGUUGUUCCCGCCGCAAGCUUUACCAAUGACCUGGGCGCGGAUUCGCUGGACACCGUGGAAUUGAUCAUGGAAUUCGAAAAGGAAUUCGAGAUUUCGAUUCCGGACGAAGAUGCUGAAAGAUCACCACCCAUUGAGGAGUACUUCACUAAUCUUGAAAAAGGUACAAAAUUUGCCUGCGAACUCAAAGGUUACGAACCGAAUAACUUCUUCGAUCGCAAGGAGGUGCGUAAAUACGACCUCUAUUCGCAGUAUGCGUUGAUCGCCGCCGAACAGGCGGUGCAGGACUCGGGGAUCGAGCCCGAAAAGCUCGACCUCGAACGCGUGGGAGUUAUCUGGGGAUCGGGUAUAGGUGGAUUGGAAACAUUCUACCAAGAGGCGGACAUGAUUCUCACGGGAGGUUCCGAGGCCGCGAUCAACCCUCCGGGAGUCGGAGGUUUCAAUUCGAUGCAGGCCCUCUCGACCCGCAACGACGACCCGCAGAAAGCUUCGCGGCCGUUCGAUGCCGAUCGCGACGGGUUCGUGAUCGAGAAGGCGCCGGAGCGUUGCUGCUCGAAGAGUACGAGCAUGCCGUUGCCCGCGGGGCCAAAAUCUAUGCCGAGUAGCCGGCGGCGGCAUGAGCGCCGAUGCUUACCACCUGACCGCUCCCGAUCCGGAAGGGAAAGGCGCGAAAAAGUCCAUGCUCGACGCCGUUGCGGAUGCGGGCUGAAAGUUGAGGACAUCGAUUACGUGAAUGUGCACGGAACGUCCACUCCGGUAGGCGACAUAGCCGAGAUCAAAGGAUUGUUCGCCGCGUUCGGAGACCACAUUUACAACCUGAACAUCAGCUCCACGAAGUCGAUGACCGGGCACCUGCUGGGCGCCGCCGGUUCGAUCGAAGCGCUGGCUUGCGUGAUGGCCCUGACCAAAGGGAUCGUGCCUCCGACGAUCAACAACGAAAACCUCGAUCCGAAUAUCGAUCCGAAGCUCAACCUGACGCUCAACGUCGCCCAGAAACGCGAUGUGAAGUGCGCGCUGAGCAACACGUUCGGUUUCGGCGGACACAACUCGACGGUCGUACUCAAAAAGAUGUCAGCUUCCUUGUUUCUGGACGACGGGGCCCCGAUCAAUAACGAACGGCUUGAAUUCCUCGGCGACGCGGUGAUCGAGUCGAUCGUAUCGGAUUUCCUGUUCAUCGAGUUUCCCGAGGCGGACGAGGGAUUUCUGUCUCGGUUGCGUUCGCGAAUCGUCCGGCGUUCGUCGCUGAACCGGCUGGCGAUCGAGAUCGGGCUCGACCGGUACGUGAUCGCCCAGGGCGGCAACGGCUUUGCCCAGAAACACCUGUACGGGGAUACGCUCGAAGCAAUGAUGGGAGCGGUUUACCUCGACAAGGGAUACGAUUUUUCGAACCGGCUUUUUAUCAACGGGAUUCUGCGGAAAUACGUCGAUCUGGACGAUAUGUCCGAGCAGGAGACCGAUUUUAAGAGCCGUUUGAUCGAAUGGAGUCAGAAAAACCGGAAACGCUUGCAGUUCGAUUCGGCGCCCAGCGCGUCGUAUACGGCCAAAUCGCCUCAUUUUCGGACGACCGUUUUGGUGGACGGCCGACCGUCCGGCGACGGGGAGGGAGACAGUAAAAAGGAGUCUGAACAGCGGGCGUGUCAGGAGGCGAUCCGUCGGCUGGAACGGCUGGGGGAAUCGGUGCGCGAAAAACUGGUUGCGCAAGGACCGUCUGCGCUGUCGGAUGCCGAAUUGCUGAGCAUUCUGCUUCGGGACGGCGAUGCCGGGGAUUCGGCCGUCGGGCUGGCGGAGCGAUUGCUGGCGCACUUCGGCGGAAGCCUUGCCCGGAUGGAACGUUGCGAUUUGCCGGCCCUGCGCAUGGUGGGAGGGCUCGGUAUCCGCAGAGCCGCCACGGUUGCCGCCGCGCUGGAACUGGGGCGCAGGCUUCGGAUCGAAGAGGGACAACAGAUCGAUUCGGUGCGUACCGAUCAGGAUAUCGUCGCGAUGUUCCAGCCGCAGCUCGGCGCGUUGCCUUACGAAGAGUUCUGGGCGGUUUAUCUCAAUGCUUCGAACCGGGUGAUCGACCGGAUGCGGGUCAGCCAGGGGGGCGUUUCUGCUACCGUCGUGGAUCACCGGCUGAUCGUCAAGCGGGCCGUCGAAAAACUGGCGAAUGCGCUGGUACUGGUGCACAAUCAUCCGUCGGGAAACGAACUGCCGAGCGACGAAGACAAAGCCCUGACCGGUCGGGUCGAUCUGGCGGCUUCGCUGUUCGACAUUACGCUGCUCGAUCAUAUCAUCGUUACGGCGGGGCCUUGUUACAGUUUCCGCAGUCACGGCUUUUUCGAUAAACGGCCGAAUCCGUAG